CCUAUUUACCAUCAUCAUCAAGCUCCUCCCACCCUGCCCUUGCUGUUAAACCCUAACUAAACCCCAUCACCGAUGCAUUCAUCCCUGAAACCGAACCCAAGCUCUCGUCUUUUUCUCAACCCUUCUAAAUCAACCUCAACCCAGUACCCAAUCUUCACUCUCCCCAGAAAAUUAUCUUCCCACAAGUCGUCUCUCAGAACCUCCAUUGAUGUCCACCAAGAAGGAGCUUCGAAACAAGAGGUCGUGCCAACUCUUCGUCUUCCCAUUUUAAUCAAAAGCUCAGGCAGAGUCUCUAGGUACUUCCUCAAAGGAGACGACGACUCACUGGAGCUCGUAUAUGAUACGACGUCGUUUUCACGCGUUGGGUUCUUGAAACUCAUUAAACUUUCUUCUUCCGCUGCGAAAGACUUCUUUAUACCGAAACAAGUCAGUGAUAGUUACAUUAGUUAUGUGAAAUGGAAGUUCUUGCACAGAGUUUUCAGCUCUGCUCUUCAGGUUCUUGCCACUCAGGCUAUGUUUAGAGCCAUAGGGAUUGGUCAAUCUCGGUCACUUGCCUCAUCUGCUGCUUUUAAUUGGAUUCUCAAAGAUGGGCUUGGACGUUUAAGUAGAUGUAUUUACACUGCAACUCUUGCUUCUGCUUUUGACACUAAUCUCAAGAGAGUUAGGUUCUCGACGUCUCUACUCUUCAGCUUGAGCAUUGGAGUUGAGUUAAUGACUCCAGUAUUCCCACACUACUUCCUUUUGCUUGCUUCCAUCGCCAACAUUGCUAAACAAAUUAGCCUCUCUUGCUACUUAGCAACCGGUUCAGCUGUGCAUCGUAGCUUUGCUGUAGCGGAUAACCUCGGUGAAGUCUCUGCAAAGGCACAGAUUCAAACAGUGUGUUUUGAUAACCUUGGUCUCUUACUGGCGGUUCUUCUAAACAUGCUAUUCCAAAACAACCAAAGGCUGCAGGCAAGUCUACCUUUUGUUCUGUAUCCGAUUUUCUCCACAAUUGAUCUCCUUGGCAUUUAUCAAGGUCUCAAGCAUAUCAAUCUCCAAACGUUAACCAAGAAUAGGCUUGAAAUCAUUCUGGAAAGAUGGAUUCAAACUCGUCAAGUACCUUCCCCUGCUGAAGUGAGCAAAGAGGAAGGAGUUGAUCUUUUAGGGAGCAGAGCUAGAAAAAGGGUUUGGCCAAUCAGAAUUGGAUGCUUAGAUCCAAAGGCUCAGAUUCCUAAGCUAUCAAUGAUGGCGAUGCAAUCACUCUGCAGUGAUGACGUUUACUUCAUAACUUUGGAGCUUUCCUCUCAAGGCUUCAGAAUAAGAACACCAAGACCUGGGAUCGUUAUCUGUCUGCGUGAAGGAGCCAACAGUGCAGACGUUAUCACAAGUUUGUUACAGACAUGUUACAUACGUAAAGCCUUUGUAACCAAUAGAUUCGAGAGAAGGGAUGCAUCUGAGCUACAAGAUUGGUCUUUGCUCGCGGGAGAGAGCAAUGUAGCCGCACAAGAUGAUUUCACCGAACUGUAUAAACAAAUGCAAGAACAAGGUUGGGUUGUGAAGAACGUCUUGUUGAGCGCUGAAGAGCAGGUUCGAUACAUUUUCGACCAACACCAAUCACUCACAUUGUAACAGUAAAACUGUUUUUACACAGAGAUUUGUCUGUAAAUUUUUAUGCUUGUUAAAAUCUAUACACAUCUACACUAAGAGAGACUUUUUUGCUUAUUUAUAAUGUGACAAACAUUCAAUU